ACAUGAACGAGGGACACUUGAGUUUGAAUGAACGUUAAGCCAAGUUCAUCAGAUCUUCACAAUAAUGAUAUGACACAAGGACAGUACCACAUUUGUUCAAAUUCAGCUUUAUAGUGAGGGGGAUUUUUAAAGCAACAUUAUGGUAAUUGCUCAUGGCCUCAGUAAUCAUAUUAACGAUCCGCAGCAGAGAUAGAGGUAGGUGUCUGCAGGCGUUACAGUUUUAAAGAGAAAAGUCUACUCUACAUUUAGUGCAUGGAGGUGCUUUGACACAGAACAAAGGAAGAGAAAAAGGUCAAGUUUUGUUUCCUUUUCUUCUCCCUUGGCUGUUGAUAACACCAACAAUCUGGUCUGGUUGUCGAGAUGUCUUCACAAUCGCAUGGAUCUGAACAAGGUGAAAAUGCAGAGAGAAAUUCUACAGCUCUUAAUAAAGAAGUACAGCAACCAUGGUGGGCUUCAUUUAGGACAUUUAUGCAGGAAGUUUAUGUUUAUGGAAUUGUAGUUGGGUAUUGCGUUUCGGCAUCCUUAUUAUCGAUUAUCAACAAGUGGGCAAUUAUGAAGUUCCCGUUUCCUGGUUCUUUGACAGCUCUGCAGUAUUUUUCGAGUGUAUCAGCAGUAGUUCUUCUUGGUUGGUUUAAAGUUUUGGAGCAUGAUAAACUUGAUCUUCAAAUCAUGUGGAGGUUUUUACCUUCUGCAAUGGUCUUCUACUUGUCACUGUUCACAAAUAGUGAAUUAUUGCUCCAUGCAAAUGUUGAUACAUUUAUUGUAUUUAGAUCUGUAGUCCCAAUCUUUGUAGCCAUUGGUGAAACUCUCUACUUGAAGCAGCCUUGGCCUCGCAUUAAAACAUGGUGUGCUCUGGCUAUUAUCUUUGUGGGUGGCUUACUUUAUGUUCUAACUGAUUAUCAUCUCACUGUAACUGCCUAUAGCUGGGCAUUGGCCUACUUGAUGAGUAUGUCCAUAGAUUUUGUUUAUAUCAAGCAUGUGGUCAUGACAAUUGGGUUGAAUACUUGGGGUCUGGUGUUGUACAAUAAUUUGGAGGCAUUGCUUCUCUUCCCAUUUGAACUAAUCAUCAUGGGGGAGUUUCAGCAAUUGAAACAUGUUAGCUCGCGGAAGUCAAGUUUCUGUUCUCUUGAAGUUUUAUUGCCAGUUGGGCUAUCCUGUUUGUUUGGAUUAUCCAUAUCGUUUUUUGGAUUUUCCUGUCGCAAGAGUAUAUCUGCAACAGGUUUCACUGUCCUAGGUGUUGUGAACAAGCUGCUUACAGUAGCCAUCAAUUUGGUAAUUUGGGAUAAGCAUGCAACUAUUGUGGGGACAGUGGGAAUGUUGAUCUGUAUGCUUGGAGGAAUAUUUUACCAGCAGUCAACUACAAAGCCUCGAUGUAUCCCUUCUGAUCCCGUUCCCAACGAUGAGGAAAAGGUACUUCUAAAGCUACCAUCCUCAGAGUUGGAAGCUUCUGCAAAGCAGGCUGUUGCAAAAGAAACUUGAGUCACAUUUUACUAUGUACAAAGGUUCAGAUUAUGAUUAAUAUUUUUUGUAGUGGACUUUUACAGAAAAUUCCUAGUUAUAUAUAAUUGUUGACCAAUGUAAAACGUGAAGAGAUCUGUAACGAAUUUCUUCCAUUGAAAAAGUGUCACAGCUUCUGCAUUUUUGAACAAUGCAGCAUGUACUGCUGUUUAACCUUUUUUUUAAAGAUAAAGUUAAAUGCUUGUUCAAGAUGUGAACAAACCUCCCACAAGAUCUAAUUGAAAGUAGUUUACCACAGAGAUUGUUAUGUUGUAAUGUCUUUACAGACAAACCAGAUUCUGCUUCACCAAAUGAUUUGUUUUUAUCAGUGAGUGAAAGAUGAUGCAGUUGGAUUUGGCAA